UCCACCACGCGGAGCAACCUCAACGUAAACACGUUCAGGGAGCGAGGUCGUCGGCAGCAUGGGUCGUGCAGCCAAUUACCACCUAAAACCGAAGAAAGGGCCGGGAAGAAAGGCUAAAAAGCAGCAGGCGCCAGUUUUCCAAUUCAAAGAUGAAGAUGGAGAAGAAAAGAAGCUUAGUAGAAGACAGAAACUUCGAGCCAGGAAACGUAAAAUGAAAAAUAAAGAACCAGAGAGUGUCCCUCCGAAGAAAGCCAGGAAUUGGGCACCGGAAUCAGAAGAAGAAGAUGCUGGCAGUGAUGGACAAGAACUCGACUCUUCAGAAGUGUCAGACGAAGAGCUGGAGGAACAGACCAGCGGAAAACCAAAAUCUACUUUGUUUGAUGAUGACGAUGAUGACGACGUGAAUGGCUUUGAUGAAAUGGAUGAAGACGAUGUUGAUAGUUAUGAUGAGUUUGAUGAAGACGAUGAUUAUGAUGAUGACAUAGAAAAACUAUCAAGAAAAUUGGAAAAGAAAAAGAAAGCUGAGGAUGCUGAAGGUGAUGCGUAUAUGGAAGAAGCAGCCGGGAAAAUCGAAAUACAGAUACCAACCAUCGAAGAAGUGGAGAAAGAAUUGGCGGAAAAUCCAGACCUGGCAAACGUCCAGGCCCGUAUCAAGGACAUUGCUUUCAUACUGUCUGAUUUCAGUAAUAGAAGAGAAGAGGGAAGAAGUCGGUCAGAGUACCUAAGCAUCUUUCUGAAAGAUCUCACCACAUACUACUCCUAUAAUGAGUACCUCAUGGAGAAGCUCUUACAUAUGUUUGGCGUCACAGAGCUAGUUGAGUUCCUGGAGGCUAACGAGCGCCCAAGACCGGUGACCAUCCGCACCAAUACCCUGAAAACGCGACGAAAGCUCUUGGCCAGUGCACUCAUCGACCAGGGUGUAGAUGUUGAUGUAAUUGCGUGGUCAAAGGUGGGCCUCGUCGUCAUGCAGACUCCUGGAUCAGUAGCACUGGGAGCCACACCACAGUACCUCGCUGGACAGUACCUUUUACAGGGAGCAUCAAGUUUCCUUCCAGUGAUGGCUCUGGCACCCAAAAGUGGAGAAAAAGUGCUUGACAUGUGUGCUGCACCAGGUGGAAAGUCAACACAUAUUGCUGCUAUCAUGAAAAAUACUGGUAUGAUUGUCAGUAACGAUGUACAUGCUGCUCGAGUUAAAGCGCUCGUGGGCAACUUUCACAGAAUGGGAAUCACCAAUUCCUUGAUUACUAACAUGGAUGGCCGUGUAUUUGCCAAGAAAAUGCCCGGAGCCUUUGACCGCAUUCUGCUAGAUGCUCCCUGUUCGGGCACAGGUGUCAUUAGCAAAGACGAGAGUGUGAAGAUUACCAAGGAUGCCAAGGAUAUUCAAAGAUGCUCUCACCUCCAGCGAGAACUCCUGCUGGCAGCCAUUGACUCUGUACACAAAUACAAUGGAGAAAAUGGCUAUGUCGUCUAUUCCACGUGCUCCAUCUUGGUGGAAGAAAACGAGGAAGUAAUUGACUAUGCCUUGAGGAAGAGGAAAGUGAAGCUAGUGCCAACAGGCUUAGAAAUUGGCAAGCCAGGAUAUAUUCACUACAGAGGGCACAAGUUUGACCCCAACAUGCACCUGUGCAAGCGUGUGUACCCCCAUGCCUACAACAUGGAUGGCUUCUUUGUUGCAAAGUUGAAGAAACUGGAUGAUGGACCAAGAAUUAUGGUACAGGAAGAUACGACAGAAGAGACAGCAGAAGAGAUGGAGGAGACUGAGCAAAAGGAAGAGGAGCAAGAAGAGGAAGAAAAGAAAGCAAAGAAAGGAAAAAAAUCAGGGAAUGCAUUGACGGGAAAGAAAGUGCUGACGGGGAAGAAAGUAUUGAAUGGAAAGAAAGUAUUGAAUGGAAAGAAAGCAGUGAAUGGAAAGAAAGCAGUGAAUGGAAAGGAAGCAUCAAAUGAAAAGAAAGUUGUAAAGGGAAAGAAAGUAGUUAAGGGAAAGAAAAAAAUAAAUAAGAAAGAAAUCCAGGAUGAAAAGCAAGACCUAAAAGAAACAAAUGCUGUGACUGAAAGUAAAGAAACAGAAGAACAGAAAGAAGUUGGUGGAAAGAAAGAAGUAAAAGUAAAGAAAGUAAUGACUGGAAAGAAAGGAAUUAAAGGGAACAAAGAAAAGAAAGGGAAAAAAAUUAAGAAAGAGAAGAAAGUGAAGAAAUGAUUGUAGAUAUUAGUAUAUCAAAGUAAAUAAAAAAGUGAAUGAAAGUGACUUUAUAUAUUUGAUUACCAUUUUUUAAGUCUGGUAAGACAAAUACGGAGGGAAAGUGUUAUUUAUAGCACAGCUAUAUAUGGUUAUGUAUUCAUUAUGUAUGAAUUUUUUUCAUGAGUUUGAAUUUGAAGCAGUAUGAAAGUUAAUGCAAAGCUAAGACUGGAGACAGAUUGUGCAAAUGGUUGAUAUUUAAAACAUGUAAGAUUCAUGUUCUAGAAAAUUGUGCGGUUGGCAAGCAUUUUGCAUUGGAAGUAUUUUUCUAAGCCUGAAAGAAUGUUUCUCAUGGUGUUUCCAUUAAUUUACAUGUGUAAUAUAGUUUGUUAUGUUUGACAGGUAAUUUUAAACCCAUGUUUUCCUUUUUUCCAGUAAAAUGGCUGAAAAAAAAUCUCAACUUUUAUCCUUCCCAUGGAAAAUAAAUAUAUGUAUAUAUGUAUGAUGUAUG